ACAAUUAUGUGUUUGUCAAAUUAUUUGAUUUCGAUUUUGGAGCUUUUGAACAAUACAUAUACCUGUACAAAAAUACUGAAAAUAGCAGACAGUUUUAAAAAACAUUGAUGACCAGAUAUAAAUCGGUCAGUUAGAUAAGUUGUAAAUUAAAACAUCAAAUAAGUACGAGUUGGUAAUCUAUUAUUUACUGUCCUUGAAGAUUCCGAACGCGUCCCGCGCAUACACUUCACUCGAGCAACGUUCAUUCCAACUUUAUACGUGUUUCAAGUGAUCAUUUGUUAAAUAUUUGAUGGAUUAUUAGUGCUUUAGUGCUGUGACGUAAUUCAGUGUUUAUAAUGUAUAUUGUUUACGUAUUUUAUUUUAAUCAACUCUGUAAAGUUAUUAAGUGCCUUUAAAGCUUAAUUGGUUAUAAUUUUAUAGCAGUCAAACUAGUGAUUCGUGAUUUGCAAAAAUUGGACCAAAUGAUGUGUAAAAAAAUAAAGAGUGUAAUAUUAAAAUAAAUGCUUUUAUGACGAUUAUUUUGAGGCAUAAUAAAAUCUAAUCACUAAAGUUUAAUUAGAAUAUUACGAACUGAUGAUAUGAUAAUUACAAUGGCGUUAAAUUAUUUUAUUUAAGACGUAAAAUAAUGAUUUUUAAAUGGCCUAUGAAAUGGUUAUCUAUUGAACUGUGCAGCGAUAACAGUUAAUCUGGCCAUGAUAAGCGGCGCCCAUUGAAUGUGAUUCAAACAAAAUGUGUUAUAAUUGUACACGAAGUAAAUUAUAAAUGAAAAAAUGUCUAUGAAUGAUAGGAAGAAGAAACUUAUGCUGUUCUUCGCGAAGAUAUUUGAAGAUGAAUUCGAAUUAAAUGCAUAUUACGCGGAAAGGAUUUUAAAAUAUUUACAAGAGACACCUGUGAACGGUUUUGAAACUAACCUAUUAGAAUCCUCAUUUUUCUCCGAAAUUUUAUUAAAAACUUAUAACGGUUGCGAAGUGAAAACAAACUCUGUGAAGAUAUUCAUCGCCAAUAUUGUAUCGGUUAUUUACAAAAACGAACUACAGUUUAGCAAGCUAAUAAACUUGUUAAGAUUCCAUCGUUUCUUGCAGUACAUGUGCAAUUAUAAUUCAAAAUGUGCGAAGUACUCGGAUCUCCUGUACGCAAGCAUCAACAUGGUAACGUCGCCGAUAGCUCACUACUCGGGUGUCAAAUGGUUGGUGGACAACAAAAUGUGGCAUUACGUGCUUUGCUGCUGCACGAAUUUCAGACCGCCGCGCGUCUCGCGCGCUGCCUACAACUUUAUCGCACAACUCCUCUGGAAACUGAUCGAAUUUGAAGAUGAUGAUGUUUUAGCUGAAAUUAUUGAGUUUAUCAUAAAACCUGUAAGGUAUAACCAAUACCACAUUACGAAUACAAUAAAAGACGGCGAGGAGGUAAAUGUUUACGCACCAAUGAUGUCGUCUUUAAACGCAAUGUUGGUCGUUCUGGGAAACACCGAUGAUCAACUAAGCAAAAGCUACAAAAUAGCACCAAUCCUAAUGCAACGGUUUAAUUUCGACACUCAUCUUCAAGUUAUAUUGGACGUUACCAGAGACCCCAAUUUGGCUAGAAUACUAUGCGAGGUUCUGUUCAAACUUUAUUUCAAUUCAAUUGUAGAAGCAUACCAUCGGAAGAAGAAAACAAACAGUGAGAUUAUGAACGAGAUCACUUCUAUAUACAACAAUGUGCUGCAAAAACUAAUCGAAAAGCAAAUGUCGGAAGCGGUCGCAGAUUUCGUUGUUAAGUGCAAUUUAUUCUUAGCUAAAUUGGGCGCGAAGAAACAACAAUUCUUCGAAAGAGAUGGAAAGAAGUUCGAAUUUCAAAAUCAAUUCGUGUUGCACUUGGUAGUUCCAAUGUGGACGUAUCAUUCAUUAAAUUGCGGCAGUGAAGCUAAACUUAUCGAAAUAGAUAAUUACUCCUUUAAAUUGACGAACGUAACCGCGGAGCAUAUUACUCAAUCUGCGGAGUUCUUUCAAAAAGUCGUACAAAAUAAUACCGAUUAUGUUAAGCAGGUGACGAUAUACACCGUUAAGAAUCUAUUUCAAUUCCGAGGACAAUUAACCAAAGCCACAGCUGGUAUUCUGUAUCAAGGUUUGUACUACGUUUUGCAGACGUUCGUUAUGUCAGACGACGUGGGUAAUCAUUUGAUUUUGAGCGAAAAUCCACUGCGAUCACCUGAUGAUGUCAGACUAUUGCGUCUAGUUCUCGAUGCGAUAAAAAUGCUUUUAAAGGAGCAUCAUAUAAAUUGGUACGAAAGCUUAGAGAUUAUAUGUCUCCAAGUAACUCUUUUGAAUUUGAUGAAGCAAAAAUGUAUGUGUGCAAAGGGUUUAGUACAAACGAUUGACUUGAUUAACUUAAGUGUGCGGAAUUUCCUCUCCCCGGACAUGCGGCUCCUAGUAGAGAGCGAUAGUGGCAGCUCUCUGAGCGAAAUUGGCGUGAUGACCAAGGAGUACAUGCAGCACCCGGACUGGGAGGUCCGCGAGUCCGCCCUCAGUCUGCUGCUAAGCUGUACCGAUGUGUCCUUUGUCAAAUACAUACCACUGCAGAAAGUGAUAUCCUCGAAUCAUUUGAUGCUGUUAGCGGCGACGAGUGCACUAAGCGAUUCUGAGCCUUACGCGCAGGCCACAGCGCUGCAGUGCCUGGCCGCUGCCGCCAAAAUCAACAAGAUCUGGUCAGAUGUCAAGAACGUGCAUCCUAAUUUAUACGUACAAUUGAUUAAUUUAGCGCAAAGAAACCAAGAAGACAUAAUAAGAAAAGAGGCAGCUAAUGUAUUGACUGAAAUUUUCUUACACCAAAAUAUUUCUUGUGAAUUUAAAAACUGUUUGUUCCAAGUUAUGCGAAAAGUUGCGUUGAACGACUUGCAUUGGGAAGUACAGACAGCAGCACUUAACUUCUGGCGACACGCGAUAAAACAACUAUGUCUCGAUCGCGGCAUGAUGGACGGGAAAUUUCCAACUGUAACUUUUUCAAAAGAAAAAAGAAAAAUUAUCGUCUUCAAUGACAACGAAAUAAAGAAACAACUCAACAAUAUCAUGAAUGAUCUGUCUUCUAUCGGUUGCUUAAAUGUUUUAGAUAAAUGUUUAGAUAUAGAACAAAAUGUAGCUGUGAUAGAAGAGGCUUAUAAGAUUGUAACCGAAUUAAAAGUGGUAUUAGAUAAUUAUAAACUUAGUCCGACACAAACCACUGCUCCUAAAGUGGAUUUGACUGAAAGUAAAACGGCAAUCGAUAUGGAUUGUGAAAUGGAUGUGGGCAUGGAAUUGUAUUCAUCGCACGGAGGAAUGUUUGAUUUAAGAGAACUGAUUAUUGAUGAAAUAACGAACACGUCACAAAGCGAUCUCAUUAUAGAUAUUAUCAACAAAAGACCUCGGGAACAAAAAGAACAGUUAGAUACACACGAUAGUUUACAGAACCCGAUACAACCGUAUGCGUUUUUACAAAAAGUCAAUUCGAUUGACUACCAGGCAAUUAUAAAUGUUAAGAAAGGAUGGCGUCCAGAUGAAACAAAUCUAGACGAUUUGAUAGACGAAAUAUUGACCAAUCAAAGUGCAACACAAAUUAAUACCAUAGAUAUGUGUGACGUUUAGAAUUAAUUAAAUGUUUUAUAC